AGCAUUGAUUAAAUAUCAAUAUUAUCAAUAUAUAAAGUAAAUUUAUCGUGCUAACAUAAUAGCAUGUAAACUGUAAAGUUAUUUUUUUUAUUUUUAAAGUUGAUAUUGUGAAGUUGGAAUUCUUCGAAAACACAAGGAAUUUUCAGUAACAUAAUUUCAAAUAGUACAUAUAUCAAAAUGAAUCCCACUCUAUCUAUCAAGUGCAUACCAUAUAUUAAUGGUUCAAAACGUAAUACUAUUCGUGGCGUUUUUUGUUUAACUCAACGAUACAAAUCAGACGAUGAUAAUAAUUCAAAAAAGAACCAAUCAGCUGUUGAAAAACUAAAUAAUCUACUGAAAACCAUGAAGAAAGGAAAUGACACCAAUAUGAUUCCUCAAGAAUCUAAACCCAUUGAUUUGGCACAACCUAGACAAUUGGCAAGGAAAGCAGAACAAAAUAAACAAGAUAUUGAUGAAUCUAAACAUAACAAACCAUUAGGCGAAAAAUUAUCUGAUGCAGCCACCAAAGUUGCUCAAUCAAUUGGAGGUGAUACAAAUAAAACUAAAUCGGACUUGUUAAAUUUGCUGAGGAUUUACAACAAUGAACCUAAUGAUUCUUCUGAAAAAAAGGUGAAAUCUUCUGUUCAGUUAGAUGAUCUACUAUCGGGAAUGAAAAUUGAUCGUUCUCAACCAAAGAAUGUGUCCCUAAAGUUUAGUGAUGUUGAUAGAGCCCAACGAGUGAGAGAAUUGAUAGGCCAUGGUUCUGGUGAUCAUCAAAGAACUAAAAAGUACAAAAGACCAAUGGAUAAUUAUGUGCCAAUUAGUUUAUUUAGCAGUGAUCCACUUGGUAUAUUUAAAGAAUUUAACAAAAAUAAAGACAUUCCAAUCUUGCCUACUUGGAAAAGAUUACAUGAAAAAAGUUUACAAACAGCAGUAACACAUCCACCAAAAAAUAUUUAUGAACAAAUGAUUAUUUGGACAGAACAAGGAAAAUUGUGGAAAUUUCCUAUUAAUAACGAACAAGGUAUGAAUGAUGAACAUAAUGUAUUUUUUGCUGAACAUGUAUUUUUAGAACCAUUAAUUGAUGAAUGGUGUCCCAAAAAAGGACCAAUUAGACAUUUCAUGGAAUUAGUAUGUGUUGGUUUGUCAAAAAAUCCAUUUUUGUCUGUUGAAGAAAAGAAAGAUCAUAUUAAUUGGUUCCGACAAUAUUUCUAUGCAAAAAAUCAAUUAUUGAAUGAAAUUGGUGCAUUCGAAAUUAAAUCAUUACCAGAAAAUGUUAAGGAAUAUUAUAAACCUACAAUUCCAGACAAAUAAAAUAAAUGAAUAAAUAUUGUAGUAUAG